AUGAAUUCCGACGUCAUGAAGGACUGGGAAAGUUCGGCGUUGUAUCUCGCGGUCGAGGAAGGAGAUCUUGAAACGGUGCAGGCUCUGGUCAAAUGUGGGGCGGAUUUAGAUAAACUGGACAAGUUUGGCCAGACAGUCCUGCAGCGUGCCAUCAAUUCCCAGCACACGGACAUUGCCGAGUGUUUAAUUCAUGCUGGGGUCUACUUGGACAGCAAAGAUUUUUAUGGACGGACGGCCUUGUCGCAAGCUUGUUUAAAUGUAACCUCUUUCGAUUUAGACGACGUAGAAAACGACGAUGGCAAAAUUGUGAAAUUUAUUCCUUUACUUCUUCAAAAAGGUGCCGAUCCUAACAUAAAAGAUAGUCGUGGAAGGUCCUUGCUUUUCAGAUCUCUAGUAGAAAAUCAUCUUAAUCUGGCCAAUGUUUUGAUUGAAGGCAACGCUGACGUCAAUAUAGCCAACGUCGUAGGAGCGACGCCGUUGAAUAUUGCUAUGAUUAGAAACGAAACGGAUAUGAUAAUAAACUUGUUAAGAAAAGGGGCCGAUGUUAACUUAUACGGAAGGAAAUGUGGUCCAAAUCCAAUCCGUGUGGCGGAAACAGGAAAUGUUGAGCUGAUGAAAUUAUUUCUACAAUACAAAGCAGAUGUAGAUGUUACAGUAAAUGGAAUGAACGCCCUUUUUAUUUCCAUUGAGAAGAACGACACAAAAAUGUGGGAACUUCUUAUAAGUAACGGGGCGGGGCUUGAAGCUGUAAACGCCCAGGGGGAGACGGCGUUGAUGAUGGCGGUUAAAGCUGGCAAUAUGGACCUGCUACGUCAUUUGGUGCAGCACGGAGCAGACGUCGAUUGUCUAAACAGCAGACGUGUCAGUGCUCUGUAUGAAGCCGUGAUACUCGUUAGCUGUGAAGCCGUGCAGCUUCUCGUAGAAGCCGGGGCCGCGUUGGAUACAGUUUAUUUCAAUGAUGGCUCCAUCCUGCAUCAUGCUUUAACAAAAAAGCGAAAUGAUAUUGCAGAAUUGAUUGUUAGAACAAAAAUUGAUAUGGCAACACUUAAAGGAGACAUUGAUCUGACUGGAAAAAUGGCGGUACACGGAACACAUUUUGUCAAUGUCGUCAACAGGAGAAUGCAGACUGUUUUACACAUUGCAGCCGACAGAGGUAGUGUUUCUUUAGUAAAAUUGUUAACUCAAGCUGGCGCUGAUGUAAAUAUGACAGAUGGUAAUAAAAGCACGGCUUUACAAAUUGGUUUACACAACACAAAUAUCGUGGAGAUAUUAUUACAAGCAGGGGCGGAUCCCAAUGUUUUCAAUAAACACGGGGAAACGCUUCUGCUACACGCAGUAACCUCUGAUCAAGGUUUUCCUUUAAUUAGUUUACUGGUCCAAUCCAAUUCCAAUGUAAAUAUACAAAAUAAACGCGGCCAAACGCCGUUAAUGUUAGCCGUAGAGCAAGGGAACAUUGAAAUAAUUAAUAUAUUACUGAAGCAUGGCGCCAAAGCUAUAUAUAAAACUAAUUUAGGGUUAGCUGCACUACAGCACGCCAUUUCCAAGAGGUCCGUGAAGAGCCUGGAGUCUUUAAUACUCGCGGGUGCGGACAUCAAUGUCAGGAACACAAAAGGAGAAACAUUUCUAAUCCACGCAGUUAAGCUUGCACGUCCAGAAAUCGUCGAUUUGCUGAUACAAUCUGGAGUUGAUGUUAACGUACAAGACAAAGAAGGAAACUCUGCCUUAAUGCUCAACGCUGCAACACAUUCUCCAUCAUGUUCUAGGAUUGAAGAGCUCUUGUUAAAAGCUGGCGCUAACGUGAACGUACAAAACAACCAUGGAGAAACACAUCUUUUACAAAUGGUGAAACUGUCACAACCAGAUAUAAUUAACCUGUUGAUAACUUCAGGAGCUGAUGUUAACGUACAGGACAACGAUGGAAAAACUGCCCUAAUCCACAACGCAGCAACACAGUCAACAAGUUUUUCUAGGAUUGAAGCGCUCUUGUUGGCUGCUGGCGCUAACGUAAACAUGCAAGACAAGAAAGGUAAAACGGCUUUAAUGUACACAGCCAAAUACGAAAUGUUUCACACCAGUUCACAGUUACACACCGCGGAGAAUAUCAACAUAAACAUAGAGGACAACAAGCACAGGACGGCUUUGUAUUAUGCCUUUAACAAUAUUCACGGAAUAUUUCCAAGCAAUACCUUAAAUAAUGUAAAUGCAAGUAAAUUCAACGCUGAAAUUCUGUUAAAUCUCAAAAUCAAUUCUUGUUUAAACAUUGACCAGCGGAUAUUUGAGAGCUUGUUUUCUCGGUGUGGUAUUUUAACUUUCAAUGACAAAAUCUCCGACUUCAACAGAUUUGAACACAUGCGGUUGUGCGUGAGUAACGGCUACAUGUACAAACCUCAAAAUCACGAAACCCUGUUUUGUCUGGCCAUGACGAAUCUUAGAGUAGACGCUAUAAAGUACCUGAUUUCAAACUGUUACCUAAUGAACAAUGAUCUUUCCUUAAUGCGGGCUGUUAGCAAACAUCCCCGUGUCAAUAUCCCAACAAUUAAACUUGCAGCUUGCAACCCGUGGCCGUUGGUCAAACUGGCCUUCAUCGCCGUGUCCACUCGCCUUGGUUCCGGUGCUAACAGAACGCAGCGGAUCCAAAGUCUAGAACUGCCCUUUGACCUGCAGGACGCCCUGAUGUUUAGAACCCCCAUAGCCAGGCUAGCAAGGAAAAAAUGGUCCAAGAUCCCCGUGUGUUUUGAUGUGGAGGAAUAUGAAAAAUUGGAGAACCCGCGACCUUUGUUGAGAUUCUGGCCGUACGGUUGUUUUUUAAGGCUGUAG